AUGGCCUCCCAGGCGCAUUUCAAUGACACAUACGUUUUGAAGAAGAAAAUUUCUGCAGACCAUGGUGACCGGCCCGGCCCAGACCGGCCCGUUUCCGUUCCCGUUCUCGUUCUUGUUCUGCGGGGUCUCGGCCCUGCCCGGCCCGGCCCGGUCCCGUUCCCGUUCCGCGGGGUUUCUGCCCGGCCCGGCCCGGCCCGGCCCGCUUCCGGCCGCGGCGGGCGCCGGGGCGGCUCUCGUUCUCUGUGCUGCGGUGGCGGCAGAUUCGCACUCCAGACAGUUUUUCUCUACUCACCUCUUCCGUCUCCCGCAGCCCCUUCCCGCUGGGCCCAGCCCCUUCGGGCGCAGCCAUGGCUGAGCUCCCUUGGGUGGCUCCUCGCCUUGAGACCCCGUCACCCCCCCUCAGGUGUGACUCCCGCACAGGUACAGGGCACCCGAUGCUCAGAGGGUGAUGCUCAGCAUCAGCAAGGGACACCAAGGCCCCACAGCUAUCUGCACAACUUCUCUCCAUACACCAGCAUGUGUCCUUGUUGUGUGACUGGAUUGCCGUGGAUUCCCAGUGCUGUGCAGAGCACUGGAAUGAAACCCUGGACAGCUUUUCCCCUUGGCUUUGCUGAAAACACCCAGGGGAAGAGUAUGACACAAAACCUGAGAGGCAUACAGACUUUGUGCCUCACAGUCUUCUCAGCAGAAGCAGGUGUUAAAUGACUCAAGGAACUUCUACUCCAGUGCUACAUGUUCAUUCACUCAGCUUCCCUUGAGAUGCACAGAGUCUGCCAGCUGGACUGAUGAGAAGAGAAAUCCACGAGAACAUCACAGAAGCUAUUUCUAAAAAUCAAUGCUACUCCUGGUCUCAGCAGAUACCUCACUGACCUCAUGUGUGUCUUUAUUGCCCCAUAAAGAACAAUGACUAGUAUUUGUUCAAUAAUUACAAUUCCUGUCCCCAA